UUACUCUUACUUUCACACAUAUCGAUCGCCCUCCGUCCAUCUUUCUCCCCCAUCCAUGGGCACAAAAGCCCCCGGCCCUGACAAUGUUCUCUCCUGCAACCCCCAUAGCAGGCCCUUCAAAUCCGUCCCAUCUCCGCCCUUCCUUUUCUUCUCCUGCAUUCCGCCGUGGGGGUUCAAUCUUUCCUUACGAGUAUGGAGCUAGUAAUCAACCAUUUUCUCCUCAUUAUUCUGCUCCAUUCACUACCACAGGGGUAAGGAUCAGGUCAGGUUCCGUUUUCAGUCGAGAGCAGUGGAAAAAAGAGGAGCUAGCUCGCCGACGACAAGAAUCAAGAGACAAGCUCAAAUCAAGCUGGGAUUUAUUGUUUGAGAAAUAUCGGGAUGUCGAGGAUGAUGACGAGAUUGACCUGGCAACAGGAACAAUAGUGAAGGAUAGGGGCAAGCUGAGAGCUCUGCAACAACCCAUGUGGUUUGGACAAAAGGAAGGUGAUGAUGGAGAAUCGACGGGAGGAGGAGGUCAUGACUUCGAGUCGGACGAGGAUGAGUUGGGAGACUGGGAUGAGAAGGCAGGUCUGGACCCUCAACUUCCGGAAUGGGAAGAAGUGGAAGGAUUCCAUCAAGCUUGGACGGAGGAGGAUGAUGCAGACUUCAGAGAAUUCAUGCGUGCGGAACAACGGCGAAAAUCGACCUUUGGAUCGGAUAACGAGGACGAAGAUUCUCUGUCUGAACACGACUCGAAGAAACCUGCAGGCUUUGAAGAAUAUUUAGAUGUAUCUCCAAGAUCGCGGGGCACUCAGAUUCUUCCUCUUCCCACCUUAGAUGACCUUUUCGCGUCGGACAACAAGGCCUCUUCGGAGGAUGAGUUAGAAGCCAUCAGCGAUAGUGAUGCGGAGGAGAAAGGUGUUCGAGAUAAUUUAUCAGCUUUAUCAAGCUUGCAUGGCACCCCUAUCGUAUCACGGCGACCGAAACGACGCACCAUCAUCGAAGUGGUGAUCCCACCUCGUCCUCGAUCCAAGUCAACCGGUGGCAUGGAGGAAAAACCUUCUGAGCACCAUCUCUUGGAUUGCGUUCCCAAGUCUAUUUCGACUCCUACUCUUGCAGAUCUUUUCACCCCACCUCCGGCUCGGAUACGUCGUUCACUAAGUGGUUCUUCAGCGACAAGUGGCUCUUCAGCAUUAUCCAAGAGCAAAGGAAAAAAGCGCAUGCCCGGCGAACGACCAAUGGAGGAUACAUCAUCUGGAAAUCAUUCGAUUAUUCAACUCAGGAAACCGUCAAACUCAACAGAGACUAUCAAAAGGUAUGAUGAAAAGCUUUUCAGAUGUGACAGCUGUCGUGCCGCUGGUGGCACUAGAAAGGAUCAAGCUCCCUUCUGUCCAGGAAGGACUGACAGCUGCAUUUUUGAGGAUUCAUCAGGGUCAUUCGAGCAGUUUGCACGAAAAUCGGCGACGCAUAGUCGACCGUCAGGCAAGUCUUUUGCCGCUGAUACUCGGUUGGUCGAGGGGGCCGGGCCAACCAAACAGAGGACAUGUAGACUUUGCCGAGAAGCAGGUGGGGAGAGAGCGAAGACGGCAGGAGUAUGUCUGGGAAGACAUUCAUACAGGCGGUGCAACUGGAGAAAGCGGGCAAUCCAUUCUUCGACUGCGAACACACAUACAGUGACACCUGUCGAUGUCGCGAAGGGGGAGAGCAACCCCUCACAGGUUAAUGUGUCAACUGACACACCCCAGCUGAGAACAAAACAUUCGCCUCUUCUCAACAUGAAGGUUCCGUCCUUGAGAUCAUCAUCUGCGAUUAGAAAACAUAGGCGCCGUGUCAUCGAAUCCGUCAGUGAUGAUGACGACCCCCGCUUUACGACAGAUACCGCACUACCGCCCCGCGAGCCUUCUAGCAACUUCAUUCGCAAGCCCCAAGAAACGGCACCGCUCCCGUCACCCCCUCCGACGUCGUCUGUCGCGCCUUCAUCCCCACCCAUUGCCUCCCUUCAUAAGCCGUCAAGAUCCCCGCUGUUGUCACUUCCACCUUCUUCACCUCCUCGUCCCGAUAUCUUUUCCCCUGUUCCCACUCAAGCUGCACGUCCUACUCCUUCGCCAUCCGUUUCAUUAACACAUCCGAUAUCAAGCAAUUAUGUCACAGACGCCUACAAGCAGACCGGGGUUAUGUAUCACCCAACUCCGCCCCCGUCUACUGACGGUAUGCGAAGUGCAUCUUUGUCCAGCGACAAUGUUGCUACCUCGCUUCCUCAUAAGAGUGCUCUACGACGUCCAUCAGACACUCUUGGGCUUCAGUCAUCCUCGUCUAGCAUUAAACGUACCCGUUUUUCCCUCAUUCGUUCUCCCAUGCGUCACCCAUCUUCUGAUGAAGAGGGUAGUGAAGACGAACUGGAUUUACUGUCAAAUAUUGAUUCAUCAUCUAUCAUAGCCUGUUCAUCGUCUCCGAAACACAGUUCUAGCCCUAUUAGGACUGAGUGGAGCGUGAGGGCCGCAGAUGUCGGAAUCAAACUAGGGCCGGAGCAUACAGGCCGACUGCCGUCAGAUAUGGUAAAAACGCUUGUGCCAUCAAUGGGCUUGUUUAGGCCGACUUUAGGCUCAUCAUCUCAAGCAAGCUCCAAAUAUACGCUUCCCACUCCUCCAUCGAGCUAUAGGCCUUCUCAGCCUCGUCCAGUAUCCGACCCACAAAAUCCAUCGUCUGGCAGUGGUGGUAACCCACAGGCACGGCUCAUGCUCCCUCCCCCGCUUCCUGCCAAACGUUCGACCCAUCCAAAUUCACUGUCUACUCCUAAAGAACUCAAGAAUUCAACUAGCACAUUUUCAACAUCCUCACCUGCUCCUUCACAUAUUAGAUUAACUUCUUUGCCGGCUGUAGUCGUUCGCGCUCGAGCAAGGUCGCGAAGUCUUUCAAUGGCGCCGCCCGGUGCCUUGCGAACACCAAAAGCACAGCGGUCUAUAAUGUCACCUGGCUCUAAGAUUCCAAAGACGGCACCUACCAGGAAGGGUAAAGUUUUGAUGGAUUUACAAAGGGUAGCAAAGGAAAUUGGUGACGAGGCUGGGCUCGAGUGGGGUCUUGAUGAAGAAACUGACGAUGGCGGGAGAAUGUGGAGGGAGGGCAGUGUUGCUGCGUAUAAAUGACCGGCCAGUGACUUUGGACGCAUAGGCAGAAGAUGGAGCGAUGAGUGGAAAAAAAGCUCUUCUGAAGAGCUAGCUGGAUUUGAGUAUAGUGUAAUAAUAAUAAUAAUGUUGUCAUACAUGGUUGUAUAAAAGUACUA